GACAAAAUUUUCCAAGAGGUGCGGAAGUACUUCUGGAGGAAAAAGAAUGUAUCUUGCAGCCUCUUUUGUUUUGGUAUUCCCUUUGUUCUUCUCUUUUCCUCUGCACAGUGUCACUACUCCAUGAAGAAGGCUGCCUCCUUCCUGGGUAUUGGUACAGAGAAUGUUUACUUCAUCAAAACAGAUGAAAGAGGUAAGAUGGUACCUGAGGAACUGGAGAAACAAGUCCAGCGGGCCAGGAAAGAGGGGUCAGCACCAUUUCUUGUUUGUGCUACAGCAGGCACAACAGUGCUGGGAGCAUUUGAUCCUCUGGAUAAAAUUGCUGAUAUCUGUGAAAAGCAUGGCCUCUGGCUUCAUGUUGACGCUUCCUGGGGUGGUUCAGCUUUGAUAUCAAGGAAGCAUUGCAGACUUCUUCAUGGCAUCCACAGGGCUGAUUCUGUUGCCUGGAAUCCCCAUAAAAUGCUGUUGGCAGGAAUCCAGUGCUGUGCUCUUCUGGUGAAAGACAACUCUGGCAUCCUGAAGAAAUGUUACUCUGCUGAGGCUGCAUACCUGUUCCAGCAGGACAAGUUCUAUGAUGUCAGCUAUGACACCGGUGACAAGUCCAUUCAGUGCAGCAGACGUCCGGAUGCAUUCAAAUUCUGGCUGAUGUGGAAAGCAUUAGGAACAACAGGGCUUGAGGAGAGAGUAAACAGGGCACUGGCAUUGGCUAGAUAUUUAGUGGAGGAGAUUAAAAAAAGAGAAGGAUUCCGGCUUCUUUUGGAGCCAGAGUAUGCGAAUGUCUGCUUCUGGUACAUUCCACCAAGCUUAAGAAAAAUGGAGGAUGGACCUGAAUUUUGGCAGAAGCUGCACCAGGUUGCUCCUAUAAUUAAAGAGAGGAUGAUGAAGAAGGGCAGCAUGAUGCUUGGGUACCAGCCUCACCAGGGCAAAGUCAACUUUUUCCGUCAGGUGGUGAUCAGUCCGCAAGUUAGCCGAGAGGACAUGGACUUCUUGCUGGAUGAAAUUGAACUUCUUGCUAAGGACUUGUAG